AUGUCGAUCAAUAUUGAAACCCUUCAAUCUGUAGCAAGUCAAUAUCCAUUACCAGCGGUUAAAUUCACCUAUGGAACUGCUGGAUUUCGUACAAAGGCUGACCUUCUAGAACCAGUUAUGUUUCGUAUGGGUUUAUUGGCAGCAUUACGUUCAAAGGCUACGCAAGCUUCCAUUGGUGUCAUGAUUACAGCGUCUCAUAAUCCGGUUGAGGAUAAUGGUGUUAAAUUGAUCGAUCCAAUGGGAGAAAUGCUGAAGGACUCAUGGGAAAGUUACGCUACUUCACUAGCAAAUUGCAGGGCUGAAGAUUUAGGAUCAGCAUUAGAAGCCAUCGUGAAAGAGACUGGAUUAGAUUUAAAUGCAAAGUCUUGUGUUUGCCUAGCUAGAGACACUAGACCAAGUGGAUUAAAGUUAGCAGAAGCUGUAAUUGAAGGUGCAAAAUGCAUACAGAAGGAUUAUCAAGACUAUGGAAUUUUAUCUACCCCUCAGCUACAUUAUAUUGUACGCUGCAUUAACACCAAUGGGCAAUACGGUGAACCGACCGAAGAGGGGUAUUAUAGAAAGCUAUCAAAUGCAUUCUUAAAGUUACAAAUCGGCGAUCAAGCAAAAUUAGGUGUCAAAGUAGACGGAGCGAAUGGUGUCGGAGCUGACAAAAUCAAGCAAUUGCAAAAAUACCUCGGCAACAGUGUAAAUAUAUCUGUUUUCAAUGACGGUACUAGUGGAAAAUUAAAUGACAAGUGUGGAGCUGACUACGUAAAAAUUAAUCAAUGUCUCCCUGAGGGUAUACGUGUCCAACCGCACGAAAAAUGUGUCAGUUUUGAUGGUGAUGCAGAUAGAAUCUUAUAUUUUUACAUUGGUAAAGAUAAUGAAUUUAAACUGUUGGAUGGAGAUAAAAUGUCGACAUUGAUUGCUAGUUUUAUUAAAGAUUUACUUUCGAAAGCCAACCUGAAACUAAACCUUGGCGUCAUUCAAACGGCUUAUGCAAAUGGAAGAUCCACGGAAUAUCUUCAAAAAUCAGUGGACGUUCCCGUGUCUUGUGUAAAGACUGGCGUAAAACACCUACAUCAUAAAGCCUUAGAGUAUGACAUUGGCGUUUAUUUUGAAGCAAAUGGCCACGGAACUGUAAUCUUCAGUGAUGUAGCUGUAGAGAAAAUAAAAAGUUACGCUUUAUUAUCACAUAUUAGAUCUAAAGAAAUGUCGGAAUUGCUAGACUUUAUCAAUUUAGUUAAUGAGACCGUUGGGGAUGCCAUUUCUGACUUUUUAGUAAUUGAAACAAUACUUAACAGAAAAGGAUACAAUUUAAAUGAUUGGAACAGCAUGUACUCUGAUCUACCGAACCGACAAUUAAAAGUCAAGGUUAAAGAUCGCACGGUUAUAAAAACGAUCAAAGCGGAAACAGAAACCACCUCACCUGAAGGUCUACAAGAAGAAAUAAACAAGCUAGUCUCAGCAGUUAAGGCCGGUAGAUCAUUUGUAAGACCAUCGGGAACUGAAGAUGUCGUUAGAGUUUAUGCAGAAGCGGAAACUCGAAGUCUGACUGAUGAAUUAGCAUAUGCGGUAGCAAACAAAGUAUAUGAUUUUGCUGGCGGCGUUGGUCCUAGGCCGCAAGCGAAAUAG